GAAUUCAUUGGUUGGUAACCAAAUAAGUGGUAACUCUAAAAUAUAUAAAUAGAUGCGAGUAUAAAAAAUAGUGUAUUUAUGGGAAUAAAGUAGAUAAAUAUUAGCUAAAUAGUGUGGAAAAUAGUACUCACUAGCACCAUAACGCCGCACAAUGUCCAAGUCAAGCGCAGCACGUUGGGUGAAGUUCUUCAAUGCGGCAGGCAUCCCAUCUCCUGCAGCCGCCGGUUACGCCCAUGUCUUUGUGGAGAACCGCAUCCAGGAUGAUAUGCUGCUGGACCUGAACAAGGAGUACUUACGGGAAAUGGGCAUAACUUUGAUGGGUGACAUAAUUGCCAUCCUGCGACACUCAAAAACCGUCUGCGAACAGAAUGCACGGGAGCAGGUCCUGACCACUGAGGUGGUCCAACCGGUUGCCCGACCCAUAUCGCCAAAAGUAAAAACGCCUGUGGCCGCCAAACCUAAGGUUUCUCCGCCUGCAAAGCCGGCGAGACGGGUGCUUCCAGAGCAUGAGGGAAAGUACAAGGUAACAUUGCCCUCAGGAACCACGGAACGCAGCAAGCAGAUCUUGGCUAAGCGAGAAAAGCUAUACUCAGAUCGCGUGAGCAGCUCAAAAAAAUCAGACAUAUUUUCGCGUUUGCACGCUUCUACUGGCGAUGAUGAGGCCCAAGAGGGCAUUGUGUCCAGCUCCGGAGAGAGUAGCGUUCGUGUGCACAUCACAGGGGUGUCUAAAAUUGCGGACACUAGCAAUAGUUCUGUCUUCGCGCGACUCGGCGGAAAGCAGUCCAAUCUUUCGGAGGAUGUUACCCUAACUAAGGAAAUUAAAUCAAUUUUAAAGAACACACAACGAGCGGUUGGAGGAGGCGUGAUUAAAAACUCGCCCAUUGUGAAGGCCAAGAGAGUGGCGGCAUCCGCUGUACCACAGCAAAAGGUCAUGCUCGUCCACAAAGUUCCUUUAAAACGAGGCGACGAUGAGGACGACAGUAUGGAUGAUAUAGGCAGUGACGAGGAAUAUUAUACGUCUAGCGGAGAGGGCGAAGACUUUGAAAUGGGUGCCGCAGAAAAGAUUGUUAAGUUUGCCCCCACUGCAGAGGUUCGAGAAAUUGCACCCGAAACGUCUUUCAAAAACAGGCCAGGAAAAAACUUUGCUCACAACAUCAAAUCGAGGCUGGGUAUAGUAUCCAAACUACAUGCCACCAAAAAGACCUAUAAUCUGAAGGCAUCGCCAUCAAAAAAACCACAGGCUCGAAUCAGCCCGGUCAAGGGCAAGACUAUACGCAUGCGCAGCGAUGAGCUAAUGUCUCGUCAGGAUACACUGCCCGUCCACAAGAGGCUGGGAAACAACUCGUCUUCACCCCCUUUUAGAGCUCCGGCAGCAGUAUCGCACCGCCAGCAGCGACCAGAGCAACCGAAGAAGAAAUACGUCCCGCCAAGACGUUAUAACAGCAUGAACGCAGGUUAUAACAAGCCACGGGAUCAAUCGGGAUCAGUCUUUGACCGUCUGGGCUUCAAUAAUUCUAUGUAAAAUAUUUGUAUUUGUCCCUUAUAAAUUGUUUUAAGUUCAAUGACCCUAAUUAAAUGUUCGAAUUCAAUUUACUAUUCUUUUAAGAUGCAGUUAUGAAUCGUUAAGCUUAUCCAAAAAUUGUAAAAUACAUAUAUAUUUGCUUUUAUAA